AUGAACAAGAAGGAGAUCUUCAAGCUAGCAAAGGGUUUCAGAGGAAGAGCGAAGAAUUGCAUAAGAAUUGCGAGGGAGAGAGUGGAGAAAGCUCUUCAGUACUCUUAUAGAGAUAGGCGGAAUAAGAAACGUGAGAUGAGAGGUCUCUGGAUCGAGCGAAUCAACGCCGGUUCUCGCCAGCACGGAGUGAACUACGGUAACUUCAUCCACGGACUGAUGAAGGAGAACGUACAGCUGAACCGGAAAGUCCUCUCGGAGAUAUCUAUGCACGAACCUUACAGCUUCAAAGCACUCGUCGAUGUCUCCCGCAAGUCCUUCCCUGGAAACAAGAACGUCGUCCAAGCAUCUCGGAAAGUAGACAUGUCAUCCAUCAAGGCCUAG